CGACAGACCGAGCGCCUGUGUGUUUUUCCGGCUGACUUUGCCCGCAGAUGAUGGCUCGGUGCUGGACGUUUUGGGCCGGGAUCGUCGUCCUUCUGACUGUCUGGCUUCCAGUUGCUGUCGAGUCAUUAAGCCAUCUGAACUUCAACCUGUGUAAGUGGUGUGAGGUGUCCAGUCCAGUGUGUGAGAACAGCGUCUGCUUUAGUAACUGCAGUCUGAACUCUUUCUGCAACGUCAUUGAGGAGAUCUGCAUCACAAUAUGGAGGAAGACCAACGACACCAUGACGGUGCACACAAUGUGUCACAAUCCCACUCUGCCACUAGAGGGCGUAGACCCUGGCCUCCUGCUGAACUUCACCUCCAGGGAGUGUCACAUGGUUUCACAGCCUGCAGAGGAUGGAGCCAUGAUGGUCUGUGGCUGCCAGGGCGAACACGAAUGUAAUGAUAAACUCAUCUUUGACAAGGGAGCCAAUGGCUUCUCCAAGCUGCAGAGUAAAGAUGUGAUCCCGGUGGUGAUGGUUAGUUUGGUUCCUCCUGUCCUGGUGGCCUUAAUCACCACCGCUGCUUUCUACUACUACCGCACACACCACCCUGGCAAACCUGGCCCUCCUGCACGCCCUGACUGGCCCACCAAACGCACCCCAGAGCACUACCGGGCUUUGGAUCAUCCAUGUGGAGGUCUGGCGGCACAGCAAGAGGUUGGAGUAGGUGGAAGUGUAAUGAGUACUGCAGCUGACAGAGAGGAGUAUAAUGCCAAGGUGCCAUCUCUCAACAAUGACAUCAUCAAUGACAUGACACACUGGCAGGGUCGGCUUUUUGAACCACUGCCGAUCAAACUGGAGGUCCUGGUGGGGAAGGGGCGCUUUGCUGAAGUGUGGAAGGCGCGUCUGCUGCAUGGCGAGAAGGGUGAACUUAACAAUUAUGAAACUGUGGCAGUGAAGAUGUUUCCAGCUGUAGAGUAUGCCUCGUGGAGAAAUGAGUGCUCCAUCUUCUCUGAUCCCAAGCUGGUGCAUGACAACGUGGUUCGAUUCCUUGCAGCUGAAGAGAGGGGCCCACCCAGCCAAGCCCUCAGGAAGUACUGGUUGGUUUUGGCCUAUCACAGCCUCGGGAACCUGCAGGACUUCCUCACUGCAAACAUAUUGAGCUGGAAGGAACUUGUUGCCAUGGCAGGCAGCAUCGCUCGGGGGUUAGCUCAUCUCCAUAGUGACACAACACCGAGUGGUAUUCCCAAGGUGCCAGUUGCCCAUCGGGACCUAAAGAGCAGUAACAUUGUGGUAAAGGGCAACGAGGAGUGUGCUCUGUGUGACUUUGGUCUGGCAUUGAGACUGGACCUCUCGCUUACUGUCGACGACUAUGCCAACAGUGGACAGGUGGGGACAGCUCGCUACAUGGCUCCUGAGGUACUUGAGUCCAGGGUGAACCUGGAGGACCUUGAGGCCUUUAAACAGAUAGAUGUUUACUCAAUGGCUCUGGUCCUCUGGGAAAUGUCUUCCCGCUGCCAUGUCAUUGGAGAGGUGAAGAACUAUGAACCAGCAUUUGGCUCCAAGGUGUGUGAGCAGCCCUGUGUGGACAGUAUGAGAGACUUAGUGCUGAGAGACCGAGGACGUCCUGACAUCCCUUCAGCAUGGACACAACACCAGGGGAUGAGUGUCUUCUGCUCCACCAUCACUGAGUGCUGGGACCACGACCCCGAGGCCAGACUGACAGCUCACUGUGUGGUGGAGCGCUUCAAUGUCCUGCAGCAAGAGGAUGAGGAGGAAGAUGAGGGAGGUGGAGGCCACGAGGAAGGAGAGGAAGAGGAACUGACGCAAGAAGCUGACAGAGAGGAAGAGGGAGAGAAAGAAAAGGAGUCAGAGAUACUGGACAAUAGCCAGAUUCAAAGCGUUCCUGUUUCCCCUCAUUCCCUCUCCACCACUGCUCCCUCAUCCUCCUCUUCUUUCUCCUUCCAGGUUCCUCAGCAGGAAACAAAAAGAGGCAGUACAGAGGUAUCCCAUGAUUCCCUGGUUCUCACUGGUUCUAUGGUGUGAGCAGAGGACUUCACCCUCCGUAUUAGUAUAUUUGCUGGUUUUAUGGAGUGUACCAUUAUUUGCUGUACUGAAGGCCUGGUUCUGUGGAUGGCAGUUUCAGUGGGUGAUCCCCUGACUUUGUCUCGAGUUUUUGUACAAAAAAUGAAAAUGCAAUGCUCAGAAAUGACCUUUAUCAAAUCAAUGUUGUGCUGUGAUUUUGCAUUCUGAGCUAUUCCAAGCUAUUGGCAAGGCUCUGGGGAUGGUCGUAUUUCAGUCCGUCAGUUAGUCGGGUGAUCCACCAUUUUGGUCCAGACUGAAAUAUAACUAUUGGAUGGACUGUUCUCAAAUUGUAGUACAGAUAUUCAUGUUCCCCUCAGGAGGAAUUAUGAUAAUGUUUUUAAAAAUUGGGUAAUCCAUCUAGUGCCAUCAUCAGGUCAAAAUACAGAGUUGGUCUGAAUGGACUAUGAGAAACAGCAAAUAGAAGAGAGUUACAAUAACCUUUCUUAGUCUGCCUGGGAGAGAAAUAGUCUGACUCUGGCAUGAUUCCUGAAAUGAUAAAAGAACACUUCAGUUAUGUUUCAAAUUCCUAACCAUUUUGGUGAGGCUCAAUGAUAACACCAAGGUGCUUGACCUGUUCCUAGGUGUGAAAAUGAUUUUAUGUGGUCAAACCGUUUUUCUCUUAGCUUGAUUCAGCUGUAAGAAGU